UGAAAUUUAGAGACGCUCCCUUACAGCUUUUCUGAUGAAAUCUCCGCUUUAGCUCCGCGGCUAGCAAGCGAAACGGCGACGUCAACGAGUCUGAAUACCAAGUAUUUCUAUUUAAAACGAAUUAAAAGUGAAACCGCUUUUUUUCGUAAAUCGAAGGCGACUACUUUGACUCGAUUUUGAUGGUACAGCCGUUUUUUCUCCCACAACUCACAGUAUUUUCUUCCGAAAACGCGGCACCUGGGCUCGAUUGAGGUGACAGUAGACGAGACAGUUGAAGAACCUACGCUCGUUUCCCUUCAGACGUCAAAAUGGCUUUUGUUUCAAGCUUUCAUUUGGAUUAUACCAGCCUUUUUUACUCUUACACCACCUCAAAAUGCCUUUCCAUUCCUUCUGCUGUUUCUACAACCCCUUCAAACCGAAAUAAGUUGUGUUAUUUUCCUCAGGACGGCACAGUUGGCGUUAAUACUGCGGUCAAUAUGGACGUUGAAGCUGUUUGCGCGAGCCGGGUCGGACUCAACACAGCCUAAACGACAUGGACACUUUCAUUUACCCCGGAGAAUAUUUAGCUGUACUCAUGAAGUAUGAGCACACAUGGACACUUUUCUCAAGUGGACACGCGGUCCGCGCGUGACAGUGACGAGCGCGCUGACAGCUCGUGGAUAAGCGUCUUCUCUCUAGUUUCAAGGCCUGCGUGGUCUCUCCUGCAGAGGUAUUUCCCCGGAAGAACGCAAACAGCAUUUGAAAUGAAGUCAAGUCUAGAUAUAGGAAACUCUCUGGCCCCUCUGAAAGUGGCAUACUUCCAGUGCCAGCAUGAAAACGCGCCUGGCGCGUCCUCUGGAGACCCAGGGACUCUUUCCUGGUUCGCGCACGAUUCGUUGAGUGAACUGGGAAUUCAGAGUACCUCCCAGAAAGAUUUUAAUCUUCGAAAGCAAGCGUCGGUCGGAUACCUCAGAACGGCGAGAAACUUAAUCACCCAGGUGUUACAGAACACGCAGGAAAAAAGGCGCGCGAAACCGGAAAACGGAUGCGAGUUGAGCCCGGUUAUGCUGUCCGUGCGAACCCCAAACAGCUGGCGGUGGGGCGGAUUUUUGGAGGCCGAUGACAGACCUCCGAACUGGCUGCUAAACGUAGCACAAAGCAGAAAAGAGACUGAUACGAGCUGGCAGCAUUGUGGAGAACAUCACAGUGUAGGCUAUUGUCAAAGCGAUGAUGGGCGGUCAGUGCACAACGAAAGCACUGGACCCUUGUGCUCUAAAGAGCUAACCCACAAUGUAAGCCUGCCCAAAGGAGAAUCCCUCCCAAACUCAUACCAGCUUCCACUAGAUGUUGAGCAGCAACUACUGGUUUGUAGUAGAGCCUACAAUGAGGUGACAAUUUUGACUCCAGACCAAGAUAAUGGCUACUCCAGCUUGGAGGAAGAACACUCAAAUGGUAAGCUUCACAUGAAGCUGCUUUCCCAGGAACAGGAGGUGUCGGAAACAGCCAGCCCUGUUGCCUCCGAGGACGGCUCAUCUCAGACUAACACUACAGGGAGCGAGUUCCAUAGUGAACCUGUCACUAGUGAGGUUGAAAUUAAGGAAAGAGAGGAAGAGGACUCAAAAAAGAAAGCAGAAACAGUUCCAGCUGCUGAAAAUGUGCCCUUUUUGGCCGCUCCUCAAUGUCAAAACAAGGUCAUUGCCUACAUCAUGGGCAGCCCUUGCAGCGGCGAAUCCGAAUCGGAGGAUGAUGGCGAUUGGGAUAGUAAUGACGAUGAUGGCUUUGACAGCGAAGGCCCAUCCCACUUCUCAGAUUCUGAGGACCUGGAUGACAGCGACGAUGAAUCUGAGGAAGAUUCGGAUGGAGAGGAGGCCGACUCUGAGACUGAGAGGCUGUGGAAUUAUCUGUGCCAAAACGGAGAUCCUUAUAACCCGAGGAACUUCACAGCUCCCAUAAGGACAGCCUCCAUGCCAAGCCCUGCGACUACAGACUCUUCGGUCUCAGAGUCUCCGCCAGUGCAUAUGUCCUCCCGGCUUUCACCUCCUCCAUCGUCACCCUCACUCUCAGAGAAUGAGUCCAGCGAAGACGCCUGUGAGAUGGAUGAGGAAGAGAAUCGGAGAUUGUGGAACUCUUUCAGCUGCGCAGCAGAUCCUUACAGCCUCCUCAACUUCCAGGCCCCCGUACAGACUCGAAAAACCCCCAAAGGGUGCUGGAUGGAGAAAGUGCCUGGAACGCCUCGCUACAAGAGAGAGGAGGCUGAGGAGAGGCUGGACAGUGGAUUCUCAGAGAUUCCCCAUGUGCCAUGCUCAAGCAGUGCUACGGCUGUUCAGCUGAAGAAGGUGACGUUUGUAGAAGAGGUUGAGGAGUUCUAUGCCAGCAGCGAUGAGGACCGUCAUGGACCCUGGGAGGAAAUCGCCCGGGACCGCUGUCGUUUCCAACGCCGUAUUCAGGAAGUUGAAGAGAAUAUCAGCUACUGCCUUUCUCCAACUUUCCGUCUGGACAUUUUUCAAAGACUACACAGUACUAGCUAAUUAAAAGCCUUGUUUGACAGCAAGUGUAAACAAUGAAUAAGAAAUAAUAUAUAUCAAUAGUUUAAUUCAGGGCAUCAGGAGGCCCUUCAAUGUUCAAAGGGCUCACAAGUCACAAAUCCAAGGAACUCCGUAGUUCCUGCCAGGGAAGGACACCUCACUUGAGUCUGCUAAAAUGUUUUGUGCUGAGUGUUGUGUGGAUUCUGGAAAUAUGCAUUAUGUUUUGUUUGUUUUUUUGCCACAAGUCACACUGUCCUUUUUAGCCCUUAAUACAAUAUUUUUAUUUUAAGAAGAAAAGCAAAGAGGACCUACAUGUCAUGUCCUUUUAAUUGCAGGAUUCCCACUCAUGCCUAUUGGAGGAUUGAUUUAGUGAUUUAUAUGAUUUGGUUUAGUGAUGCACGAACAGUACACAAAAGUGCACUAACUUCACCCUGUGAAGCAACACUAAAUUGACAUUCAUCUUUCUCUUAGAAAUGUAUUAGUGCAGAAGUAUUCUGGAGGGGAAAUGAAGUGUUAGCUUUCCAAACCCUGUUGUUUUCAACUCGCAGGCCUUCAUAUUAACCCCUUGUGUUGUAACCUCAAAGCCAAAGAUAACAUACUUCUGCUCCGCAAAGGAUCAUUAAGCCAGGCCUCAGUGUUUGAUGCCACAGGGGCGCACCGGGUGAACGAUUCCCCCAGAGUAAUCACACUCAUUACCCACAUUUAACCUAGUGGUAUUUUGCUGGAGCUGAGCAAUGCUUAUAUCAGUGUCUGUUCCUGUGUUAGAGUGAAGAUAUAUGGGCAUGGGCCUUAGUGCAAUGUAUUUGCAUGAUCCUAAAUGGAAAGAUGUUCUUUUCCCUAUCACUAUAUAUUGGACACAACCAUAUGUGGAAAUCACUUGGAUUGUGGCAGCUGUGACAAACAUUGUAAAUUCUUGACUAUAAAGUUGAAACGCAGGGACAAAAUGCAUGUUUUUUGAUUUGAACUAUAAUAUGCUUGAUGUUGAAGCAUAAAUGUAAUUUGUUAAUCAGUAUAAUUAACAUAAAAGCAUUUUAUUUUUGUAAUACAUUUGACCAGUUAAGCAUCUGUAAUGGGAUUUGUGAUGAAACAGACUAGUCCUAAUUUAAUUAAAUAAAAAGCAAUG